CCUCAACCUCACCUUUCUUUCGUGUUUCCCUAGGUACCUACCUAGUUCAACUCUUCGCCUCAUCUCGCCUCUCCUUACUGAGAUUGAGGGCAUUUGGGCCUGCAAGCAAUGGCGGCCCCUUCUGUGGUAGACCCUUUUGUGGUUCUGCAAUACGUCAUGUUCGCACUCGUGGCCUCAACUGUGGGCUACCUUCUUUUUAUCUGCCUCCUCACGGUGCCAUUCUUCCAAAAUCAAGUCAUCUAUCUCAACAGCAUAGCCAUGACUUGGUUUCAGGAUGUCAACAUGCCUGAACAAUGGGGCUUUAUGCACAACCAGGUUACGCCCUUCACCCUCCAGACCCCCGAUGGCGAAGCUCUACACGCAUGGCAUAUUCUCCCACUCAAUCUCCACCAAAGGUUUGAGUCGCAACUUGCCGCAGAACCAGAGGGCCACGUAUCAGAUAUCAAGACACGGUUGGCUUUCAAGCUUCUCCGCAACGAUCCGGAAUCCCUCUUGGUUCUGUACUUCCACGGCGCUGCUGGCACUCUGGGCUCCGGAUGGCGACCUCAGAGCUAUCGAGCCUUAUAUGCUAGCGCUCCUGACAAGAUCCACGUUGUUGCUAUUGACUACAGAGGCUUCGGAUCCAGCACAGGUGCGCCUUCUGAGCAGGGCCUUUUGACUGAUGCCCUCGCCCUCGCUGAGUGGGCUAUGAAAGAGGCAGGAAUCCCGCCUCAGCGUAUCGUCCUCUUUGGGCAAUCUCUGGGCACUGCGGUGGCCAUAUCUCUAGCUCAUCAUAUGGCAACGAGGCCUGAGCCGACCCUUUUCUCCGGCAUGGUCCUGGUAGCUCCAUUUGCCGACGUGGAGCUCCUGACAGCCACGUAUCGUGUGGCAGGAACCAUCCCCAUUCUUGACCCAGUCGCCUACUUCCCGCGGCUACUGGCCUUCCUGAACACCUUCAUACUCACCAAAUGGCCAAGCAAGGACAAGCUUGCCGAGUUUGUACGGCUGUGCGAGGGCAUGCCCGGGGACAGGCCACGGUACCACAUCACCAUUAUUCACGCCGAGGACGACUACGACAUCCCGUGGACCCACAGCGAGAUCCUGUUCUGGCACGCCGUCAACGCGUCUAUCCCGAUGGGCAUUGGCUACGAGGAGCUCGAGGAACAAAAACAAAAGGGACGGACUGUGCUGGGCGCGGGUGGCUGGGUGGUGAGCCGACCGACAGACGGAGGCUUAAUUAGAGAGGAGAUUACGAAGUAUGGGUUGCACGACAGGAUCAUGUCAUACCCCGUUGUGAGCUCGGCUAUCUUGAGGGCAUUUCAAUUAAAGGAAGACUCGGGCUGAGACAAUUGAUACCCCCGGCUGUUUUUGGUUCUACACAUAUACCAAGCCACGGCCACCACGGCUACUAUAACUCUAGUUAAAACAAACCGAUAUGAGGUUGUCACGGCCCUGGCACAAUACCAUUUGAAUCCUGAA